AACGAACAUUUUCAGCUUUGUUUAAAUAAACAAUUUCAUUCAUUUAAGAAGUAUAGAGUGCCAAAACUGAGCGCUUUAGAUUUCACCUGCAUAAGAGUUUGUUCUUGAAAUUGCAACAACGCUGGGGCGAGUGAGCUGGAGAAAAAUUUAUACCGUGAGUUAGUAAGAAAAAACUAAAAUUGAUUUGCAGUGAAAAUAUAAAAAACUGAUUAAAGUGGCACGCACAGAAUUGUCUCAGUGUGUCAAAAACAAAACAAAUGAAGUAAAAUUGUGAUAAUUAGAAACAAUUCUGGAACGCAAAAGUCUGACUAAUAAGAAGGUAAAAAGUUUUCCAUUGGGGAAAAUUCGAAUAUCUACGUAGAAAAUCAAAAGAUUGGAGAAAAAAUUGAAUUGAUAGUUUGAAAGUAGUUAACGGCAAGCUGUUAGUGGUUUAAAUUGAAAUCAAUCCAAAUUUUAUUUAAACAAAAUGGAUUUUAAUUUUGCCGAUUUGAAGAAGGAAGCAGCUGCUACGGCAGAGGAUGUGUUUUCUCAUACUGCAGAUGCAGCUAAGCAAGCAACAAAUGCAACAUAUGAUUUGUUAAGUGGAGGCGGUGGACGUGCUUCGACGGGCGCACAAGAUGAUAACUCACACACAGAACACUACUUCGCCAACGAGCAAAAGGACAUUGAUUUUGAACAUGUUGACCCUCAAGCAUUCGUACAGCGUAUGUCUGCCGGUGCAAAGGAAGCGCAGGAGCAGUUAGAUGCCAAGUUCGCACAACACACUAACGAUUUUGAUGAUUUUCUGACCAAUGCAUCCAAGGAUUUACACUCCUUUGGAUCACAACUGCAGCAAGAUACGAAGCAGGGCGUACACGAUUUUAUGAACGCUGAACGUGGGUUAUUUAGUGGUGCCGGUGACAUAAACAAACAAACCGUUGAGGUAUCAGCACCUACAACAGUUCCGGUUAUACCAAACAAACCUGCUGAACAUGCUGUUAAUGAAGCUGAUUUGCUAAAUUUCAGUGUCGGCGAUGCGGCUGAAAAACAUGCUCCAUUGCAACCAUUCGAAGAAGAUUUUGAGACACACUUUGCACCAACUGCACCAGCAGCUCCUGCAUCAACAACUACAACGCUAUAUGAUGAUGAUCUUGUAAUUGGAAAACCUUCGAAUUCUGCAUCGGCUUCCAACAAAGAUUCAGAUACGGAUUCGCCUUCUUUGUCAUGCAAUCCGUCGCCGGCAAAGAAGAAUCCAGUAACUGCUGCAUUAAAAGAACAGGAUAAUGACAAAUUUAUAUCUUCUGAAGAUUUGCUUGGUGAUUUCAAAGACGAGCGUACUUCAACGCCAGACUUUCAAGUUAAACCAGAAAUGACUAAACCGGCAAUUGAAGUUAAAACCACACCCGUCUCAGUGCCUGUCACUGAUUUAGACGCGGAAGAGGAAGCCACAUCACUAUUUUCUCAACCCAAACACUCACAAGUCGAGGAAAUUAAAGAAACUGGCAACACUAGUACAUUUUCAGCAACUUUACCCGUAGCAAGUGCUACAACUGCAGCUGCACCUAAGCCAGCCGCAGUUAGUGAGCCCAUCGCUGCUAAGCCGCUCGCUCCGACAACAAGCAACAAAGAUACAACUGAAGUAGUCAAACCUAAAACAGCGCCGCCAGUUCCUCCAAAGGAGAACAAACCAUCCCAUCAACAGUUGGAUCAACCAAAGAUUGUCUCCGUCGAAGAAAUAUUCUACAAAUAUGGAUUGGAUGCCUGGUUCAAGCCGGAACGCUUACAUCCACGUGUGGAAUCCCUGAUCUACUGGCGAGAUGUUAAGAAAUCUGGCAUUACCUUCGGUGCUGGUCUUGUCACCCUGCUCGCCAUCUCAUGCUUCUCCGUCAUUAGCGUUUUCGCCUACCUGUCAUUGCUAACAUUAGCUGGUACAGUGGCGUUCAGGAUUUACAAAUCUGUUUUGCAGGCCAUACAGAAGACACCAGAGGGACAUCCCUUCAAAGAAUACCUCGACAUCGAUUUGACUCUGUCGCAAGAGAAGGUCCAAAAUAUUGCCGGCGUCGCUGUUGCACAUGUGAAUGGUUUCGUUGCUGAAUUGCGACGACUGUUCCUCGUGGAAGAUUUGGUUGACUCAAUUAAAUUCGGUGUUAUUCUGUGGGUUUUGACUUACAUUGGCGGUUGGUUCAACGGCAUGACUCUGGUCAUCUUAGCCUUCGUUUCUCUCUUCACCUUGCCAAAGGUGUACGAAAACAACAAACAAUCAAUCGACACAUACUUGGAUUUGGUACGAAGCAAAUUGACAGAAAUCACAGACAAAAUUAAGGCCGCCAUUCCAAUUGGCAAGAAACCAAUUGCUGCUGAAUCAGACAAGGACAAGUAAAGCGCAUAAAUUUGCGAAAUAUUAGCAGCAGCAAUUUUAAUAUUGUCAAUGCAAUUACUAAAACUUAAGAAGCAACAACUUAAGAACUUUAAAUAGAUGGCGGCGCAUACACACACACUCACACAAUAUAUACAUACAGCAAAACAACAAUAAGAACUCAUUAUGAAAAUUCUACAAGCAAGCAGAGAAGAUGUGUGAACGCCGACAAAGUAGAGAAUAAUUAAAAUUAAUGCAUUCACAGUCUAUAACAACAAUAACAAAAUAUGAUUAAAUUAAAACAAACACACACAAAUAAUAAUGAAAAACGAAAAUCUUAAAGCAGAAAACGAUAAAAAUUCACAUUUCAGUUAAUAAAAAAAAACAAAUCAAAAAACCCAAAAUAUAUAUACAAAUAUAUAUGUAUAUAUAUAUACUAAAAAAUACCAUAAAUUGUAUGCACAGAAAACGAGAAAACGAGAGCUUUGUUUUAUAUUUUCAGCGGGAAAUUAUUCGUUUUAUUUGUAUUGAAUUACAUUGAUUACAAUGCGUAAAAUUUCGUUUUAUUUGCUACCGAUUUAUAAUUAUAUAUUAUAUAAUAACUGCUACACAAUUGUAACUAGCUACACAAUAUAUUCGGAAACAACUUGUUAUAUCAUCAAUAGGUUUUUUAUAAUAAUGAUUAUAUUUUUGAUUGCAUGUAAAUCGAUUUUAAAAUGAUAUAUUUUAUAUAAACUGUUAAAUGCAAGAAAAACUAAACAACAACAAAUAUUGAUCAACAAUGCCUAUUAAUUUAACUAUUAUGUUAACGGACUGUUUUCGUUUAAACGUAGUUAUAGCGGAGAAAGGGUAUUUAUAUUUCUCAAGUCCUUUGUUACAAGUUAAGAUUUAGUCGAACAAUUCACCAAGAAAAACAAAACAAAAAGAAAUGUAAGCGAAAUUCUGCUAGUGUGAAAUAUAAACAGCGGGCACGAUUGUUUGCUAUUUUAGACCUAUGAACAAAACAUUAAGUAAAGAAGAUGAUUAGCAAAACCACUUACUUCUUGAUUAUGUUGUUAAAUUACGAUUAAAAUAACAAAAGUAACAACUUAGAAUUUAACGAAUUCAAAUGAGUAUAAAAUAAACAGCAAAUAUUUCGAAUGUCCAAGUGUCAUUUCGUUUUUAUUUCUGCAGUUUUUGGAUAAACAACGGUAAAUCUAAAUCUUUUACAUGUAAUAUUCAUAGUAAAGUAUUAAACACGCACUCAUACAGUAUGUAUCAAAAGGCAAGCGCAUAUGAAAAAUCAAUUUCUAAAAAUAAUUAAAAUAAAAAUUACAAAAACAAAAUAUAAUAAUAUGUGAACGCUUUGCGUCCGUCAGUCAUCAACACUAAAUAUUUAAUGGUUAAUCACAUUGAACAAAAAGAAGGAGAAGAAAAAUAAAAAGAACAAAACUAAAGCGUGUUUUCUUUGAAAUUAUUAACAAUACUUAUAAUGCAUAGUACUCAAAUAUAAAAUUAGUAGAUAUGUAUUUUGCCUUUUAAAUGUAAAUGUGUGAACACACUUGUAUAGUGUAAUGCCUUUUUUAAUGAGAAUUAUUUGUUCAAUAAACAUAUUUGUAUUGCUGACCAAAAUUAGUACUUUGCAAAACCUAUAUUACUAUGUAGAUAGUGGUACGUUUCACAUGACCGCUUUUCAACAAUUAUAUAUACAUAAAUACCUAAAUGCAUAGUUACACACUGUCUGCGAACUGACUUGAUUUAAAAGAAGCGCAGAUUUUACUAAUUUGUUGCAAUUGUCUUGUUUUGCAUAUGUAAAAUUUUUAAAUAAAAUUCAUACUUUAAAAUAA